GAUACCUACGUAGUAUACCUGUCAGGACAGCCCAGCUGAUCUCAUUGUACACAGCUCAUACUGGGUCUAAUAUUUUCAAAAUGGUAUGGAUUCUGGAAAAGCUCUUUCUCUGUAAAGAAAAAGUGAACAGAAAAUAGAAGCAUUCUGCAACCUAAAUGUGGAUUAGAAGACACACAGGAUGAAUACUGUGAAGACUGUUAUUCAACUGAUGUGAGCCAUUUAUUCCUGUACAGAAGUCUUCUUAGGGUAGAAAGUGGUGACAACUCAAUGCAGCCAUGGAUUCCUUUUUGAAAGCUGCAGGGGUGCUAUACUUUGUUGCUGUUGCACUUGCAAUGGUCAGCCUUGCUUUGCCUGAAUGGGUGGUGUCAGCAGAGCGCGAAGACCUACGUCUUGGACUACUGCAGCAUUGCCAACAGAUCCACGGUCGUCCCAUGCAGUGCAACUAUCGCUAUCCGCCAGAUGGACCGGUGUCAUGGAUCUUUGCGGCCAUCCUCAUCCUCCUUGGCGUUCUCGCGCUGACGAUCGGCAUGGUGAUGAUUGCGCUUUCGGACAAAAUGCCGCAGCUGAGGCGAUAUCCAAAGUACCUUGGCCUCGCAUCUUGGUCGCUAUUCUGUCUUGCCAUCGUCAUGUUCCCAGCGGGUUUCAAUCUCCCCUUGAUCGGUGGGGAGAGCUUUCUCUUGCCAAGUAGCGCUAAGACGGGGAUCUCGUACGGACUCUUCUUCACAGGGAUUUUGUGCACAGUCUGCGGGGCUGUGUUAGCGCUGGGAAGGAUGUACUUUGCAAUGAUCGUCUGGAGAGGACAUACAUGAAAAUGCUACAGACAACAAGUUUUUAAUGCAGACUUACAUGUACAAUGUAAAGUAGAAUAUAGAAUGUGAUUGAUUUGCCAUCAUUAUUCAAACUGUACAGAGAUUAUAUAGUUUAUGCAUACAAAGAGUAUUACCAGAAAUCAUGCAAUCUGUUUUUAAUGCUGAACAUUGACUGUUAGCUGCUUUUGUGAUUACGUACAUGUAUUUCUGAGGAACAAAAUGUGAAAGGCAGUUUCUCAUAAAGAAAUCCAUUACAAACUUUAUAUUUCAAAAAGAUUCAUCAGAUGUACAUGUACUCUAUUCACACCCG